AAAUGGCGCGAAUAUCGUGGAAUUCCGCAUUCGAUCCUUUUUCCGGUUGUGAUUAACCUGAGAUCAACGUAAUCAUGAAGGCUAAGGGAGAAUUAAAAGAAUAUGAGGUGAUUGGCCGUAAAUUGCCUACAGGAAAGGAGAAAACUACUCCUCUGUAUAAAAUGAGAAUAUUUGCACCGGAUGCAAUUGUUGCCAAGUCGAGAUUUUGGUAUUUCUUACGUCAGCUUAAGAAAUUUAAGAAAUCAACCGGUGAAAUUGUCUCUUUAAAACAGAUUCCAGAAAAGACGCCUGUUAAAAUAAAGAACUUUGGUAUCUGGUUAAGAUACGAUUCUAGAUCGGGAACGCAUAACAUGUACCGCGAAUACAGAGAUUUAUCCGUAAGUGGCGCAGUUACACAGUGUUACAGGGAUAUGGGUGCUCGCCAUCGUGCAAGAGCACACUCGAUACAAAUAAUAAAGGUAGAGGUGGUUAAAGCUGCUAAUUGCCGAAGACCGCAGGUCAAACAAUUUCAUGAUUCUAAGAUACGGUUCCCGCUUCCAAAACGAAUUCAGCACAGAAACCGUAUGCCCUUGUUCAGUGUUCGCAAACCAAGAACGUAUUUCCUUUAAGUUUUCACAUUAAUUUUAUAUUAUUGUAAUAUUUUGUCACAAGGAAAUAAAAAUACAAUA